CAAAAAGGCAAAAUUCAUCAAACCCAGAGGCGCAGAACACGAACCAUCCUGACCUGACCCUUCUUCUUCCACCUGCUCGCCGAGUAAGACAGACAGGGAAGCCCGUAAUGAAGGCAACCAGGAGGCCAAUUCAGGCCGUAGCCACAUGGGUUCGCCGCCAACCCCCCAAGAUCAAGGCCUUUCUCGCCGUUGUCUCUGGAAUGGCUGCUCUUGUUUUCUUGCGUUUUGUGGUUCAUGACCACGAUAAUCUUUUCGUCGCUGCCGAGGCCGUUCACGCCAUCGGAAUCUCCGUCCUCAUUUACAAACUCAUGAAAGAGAGGACUUGCGCAGGACUUUCACUAAAAUCUCAAGAACUAACGGCAAUUUUUCUAGCUGUUAGACUCUAUUGUAGUUUUGUCAUGGAACAUGAUAUACAUACACUACUGGAUACAGCAACUUUGGUAACGACUCUGUGGGUUAUUUAUAUGAUACGGUUUAAGCUUAGAUCUAGCUACAUGGACGACAAAGAUAACUUUCCCAUUUAUUAUGUGGUGAUACCCUGUGCUCUGCUAUCUUUUGUGAUCCAUCCGACAACUGUGCAUAACAUAAUAAAUAGAAUAGCCUGGGCAUUUUGUGUUUAUCUUGAAGCUGUUUCAGUACUACCUCAGCUCCGCGUCAUGCAAAAUACAAAGAUUGUUGAGCCAUUUACCGCACAUUAUGUGUUUGCCUUAGGAGUUGCAAGGUUCUUGAGUUGUGCACAUUGGGUCCUACAGGUUUUGGAUACUCGUGGACGUUUGUUAACAGCAUUGGGUUAUGGAUUAUGGCCAUCCAUGGUUCUCCUAUCGGAGAUCGUUCAGACUUUCAUUCUCGCUGAUUUCUGUUAUUAUUAUGUCAAGAGCCUCGUUGGUGGACAGCUCGUUCUACGCCUUCCCUCUGGAGUGGUGUAACUUCAAGAAAACAGCAUAUGCCACAUGACGGGGAAAAGAGAGGCCGUCUUGCUCGUCUUAGGCUCUAUUUGGGAAGGUAGGAUAUGGAUCUCAGUUGUUGGACUAAUGCUUAUACAUGAAAUGUGAAGGAUGCAUAAGUUUUCAAGACACGUAGUCUGUAGAAGUUUUUGUUUUUUUUAUAACAUGGUCUUACUUAUUUACUAUAGAUUUCCACCAUCUUCUCUCAAAAGGUCUGAUUUUAAGAUGAAAAUAAUAUCUAUCACGGGGUUUUGUUGCUUCCUGUUGAAGAUGAAACCAUAGGUAAACCUAACCUGCAGUGCAUAUGGCCUGUCUUGUCUAUUUCUGCAAUUAAGCUGUAACGGAAAUAUUUAUGUCGAAUGAAUGAAUCUUUCUUUAGGUAUCAAA